CUGAGAAGGUAAGCCCCACAGGUGUGCAAGUUACAGAGCUGAACAGAAGAAGCCGCACCAGUACACUUCAAGCUCCCACGUUGUAGACAACCAACAUGGCUCUGUUUUUCAAGCGUCUCUCCCCUUCCUCCGUGUCGGUUGCAUUUUUCAUUAUCUUGGGAAUUCUUGUCCAAAUUCCAUGCCAUCCAGUUGCUGCAGAAGAAGAAAAUAGGGAAGGAAAAUCCCCUGGAAUAACUCACGUAAAUACACCAAAUAGACGUUUGAAUGGUUUAGUAAACAGAUUUGUUUAUCCGGUACGUGGGAUUAUGACCGGACCCCCGGUGUAUACACAUGGAACUGAUGACACAUUACCUAACUCCCAGGAACUGGAAGCACAAAGGACCGAUUUAUCAGACGCACAAGGUGAUAGGCCAGUAAGUGAUAACAUAGAAAGUUUAACAGACACUGAAAUGUAUAACGAUUCAGAAACUAAGACGCACAAUCAACGGUCGCCCAGGAACUCGGCUGCAGAUCCACUGCAGUUCAAAGAUGGCUGCUUUUCUGGCGAUAUACCUGAUGACUCAGACCACCCCGACGAGGACACCGUUGAGCUCUACGACGCCCUAAACAACAUGCUCGAGCAUAUUAUGGGUAUCGAUACUAUCAUCAACGACCCGGAGGAGAUCCGCAUGAGAGCUUACGUCGGGGAGAGACGAGCCGUCGGGGUGCAUCUCAUUCUGCAAGAGGCGACUUAUUUCUGGGGAAACAGCCUCGUCGAGAAUGAACUUGACCCUCUGGAAGGGUCGGGCGAUGCCGAGGAAAUUUCCGAAGAGUCUCUUCAGAAGGAGGAUACACUAGACCCAGGCCUCUUUCUGCGUCAAACGUAUGACGCUGACCAAGAGGCUGCUGUACAAGAUGGGGAAGAAGAAGAAGAAAACGAAGAAAGAAGUGAAAAAAUCGACGUCAAAGAGGGAUCGAAAUUACGACUCGUUUGUAAUGUGACUGGAGUACCUUCGUACAGGGUCGAGUGGCAAAGAGGCGCUAACCUGAGCUUUCCCGGAGGUGCCUUUGUUGUCGGAGGGCGUUCUGUCCUGCUGGACUACGUCGCGAGGGAGGAUGCCGGGACCUACAUCUGCACGGCCACGACGCCCUCUGGACAUUUCCAUUCUUCGGGCGUCUCCAUCAGCGUACACUACCGCCCCGUUGUAGGCCUAUGGUCGCGAGACACAGAGGCCAAUAGUGUGGAACUGGGAUGCCUUGCAGAGGGUCACCCGCGCCCCUCUGCUGUCUGGUAUGUGAACAACACUAAAAUAACACUGGAUAAUUGUCCUUGGAAUGCAGAAAUCAGGUCCUCCGAGUUGUCUCCAAACUUUGCUUUGUCGGUCCUCACACUAUACAACGUCACUUCGAGUGACUUCGGAUAUUACCACUGCCGAGCGUCCAGCUCCGUUGGCGUCUCCAGAGGUUACGUCAUGUUGCAUGAUGAUAGCGGAGUGCUUGAUCCCCAGGUUCUGGAAGACCAAAAACCGGUGAAGCACCCAGCGCCCUUGGAGAACCCCCGCCUUUCAUCAUUCCUACUAGGAAUGGUCCCGCCGCUCUACAUAGGCCUCUACAUCAUAGCCUACCUGGGGUGCUACAAAACCUCCAUCUCUGGCGUUGGCGGCCAUGGGCGAUUCGGGGGUGGUGUGGACAUGAUGGAAGAUUAAGAUAAGGAAGUAAGGCGAUGACGGUGGUGUGCGCGUAGUAGAGGCGCCUUCGUCAAGCUCUGAACUUAUAUAUGUUAUUGACUUAUUUUGAAGGCAUUCGUGGAAUCGACUUAAUUACGUCGUGGUCAAUUAAUCUUUUCGAAAGAAAAUGUCCUCUCUUUCUCAGGGCACAGAAGCAUUAAAAUCCUUCAAAAUGAAAUGGUAUAGUGCAGGAGAAAUAUGAUGUAGUAAAUAAAAUCAUAACCAAACAGAAUGCUUCUGAUAAGGAUAUAAUUACAAAAGGAGAUCUAUCAAAAACAAAUGUAUGUGAUAGAUAUCUUUGGUUAGAGAUCAAAGCGACGGGCAGACUGAAAUGAAGAUCUAGCCCAGACAUGAUGGAAACUGAAUGAAGGAUGGAGCGUAAGAGGUAGUCAGACUCAUAUGAUUUACGUGGGCUUUCUCCUUGGAACUGAAUGAAAUGUGUUUUUAGUAUUUUUUUUUCUCAAGAACAGAACAGUUUGUUCUAAUGUUAUACAUAUAAAUAUUAUACUUAUUGCAUGUUUACCUAUACACCUCUGCAUUCACUCAUAUGUAAUGACUUAUGUAUUAAUACAUUUUAAUUUGUUUGUAUGUAAUAAUUUAUGAUCGCUUUAUAUCUGUAUUAUUUAUACAAAUAUGUUUAUGUGCAACUAUAUAGCAUAUAUAGUUGACACAUCAACACAAACACGUGCCCACAUACACACACGUUUAUGUAUACAUACAUACGUGCACUCACACAUACACACACACACACACACACA